CCCAACUAAAAACGAUUUACUCAAAUAUAUUAAACUUUCAUCUUUGCUUUAUUGCAUAAAAUUUCUAAUAUCUAGAAAAACACUUCACACUUGUUUACAACAUGAGGUACUUACAAAUGUUCAACUCUAAUACCUAUUAAACAAAGGUUUUGUGACAUCGUAUUUUGAUAUGAGAUGAAAAGGAUUUUAUUUCUUUUAGUAUGCUUUAUGUUUUUUGAUUCGUGUGGGUUGAUAAAAAUAUUUAGUUAGAAUAAAGGAAAAUAACCUAAAAUAAAAAAAAAAAGUUGACAAAAACAUUACUUAGUGUUUGUAUCCAUAAAACUUGAAAAUUGACUAAUACUUCAACCCUUCUCUCCUAAACAAAAACAUGUGAAGUAUUAUAAGAUAUGGGUGGGUGGAUUUGGUUUACAUUGGGAUUAGGGCAAAGGGUAUUGACAAAAUAAUCAUAAAGUUUCUAUUAAGAGCAAGUGGGUAUGUCUAUGUGGGAACCCCCGGGGUAAAUGUGGACACUAAGGGCAAGUUGUCUUCCCAUUUAUGGAAUUUAAUACAAACACGUCGUCACUCAUUCAUUAUUACACUUCUCUUUUCUCCUUUCUCCUCCCAACUUUAUUGAACAUCCAUAGAGAAAAUAAGAUGCAAACAUUUUGUAAAUUUUAAAUGUAUCAAUUUAUUCUCUUUCGAUCUAAAAACAACACAAAGUUGGGUCUCUACAAAUGUUUCCCUUUGGAUGAGAAAACAACAAAAGAAGGCCUAUGUAACAAUAAACUAUAAAGGUCAGUACCUGUGAUGAUUAGACCUUUGAAUAUAUUUGUGAAACCCACUCUUCUUCUUCUAUCACUUUCACCGGCGAAGAUACGGAGAGAACGGCGUCGUUUCAUCUGAAGCUCCGUAAUUUCUUCAUCGACCAAGAAGAUGAUUAUUCAGUUUUCUUCUUCCCAUUCACACUAUUAACACUCUGGUCAUCUUACGUUUCUCUAUUUUGUGAUGUUCGAAAAUUUCAGUCAUAGACGCGUGCUAUUAUUCACCAUCCUCUCUUUUUCUACAACUAAUAUCUGACUUUGUCGUGCCGUCGGUUGAUUUUGGGCGAAGACUUCUGACCAUGGAGAACGAUAGAUGGAUAUUGAAGUUGCUUAAGUUUGGGUAGCGUUAUGCAACAGAUGACGAAGAGCCUUCAUUUAAUUAUCGCCUCAAUUUUGACUGUUCAAAUAUAGAUUAUGAAGAGUCAAAGAGUCAAGUCGUUGUAAUGGCUGGUCAAUUGAGCGUAUAUUGGAUUUCUCCAUUUCAUCGAACCGUAUUUUCCCAUAGACUGCGUUGUAAAUUUCUGGAGGAUGCCCCCACCUUGAUUUUUAUUCUCUUUUCGUCCAGUUUCAUGAAGAUUUCCCUACCUGGCUGGAAACCCUAGAUAUCAUAAACAGUUCUGAGAGGUAGAUUUGGGAUUCGAGGUGGGUUUAUUUUCCCUGGUAAUACGAAUACUGAAUUCUAUAUGGCGUCAUUCUGUUUCGUUUUGUCCUUUGUUCUCUCUCAUCUAGUGGCACUUUCGUUGGCUUGGAAUGAUACCAGAUACGUUCAUCCAAUUUGCACGCCCUUCGAAUGUGGAAAUCUGGGCCUCAUAGGAUUCCCUUUUAACAAUAUGUCGCUGACUGAUUGUGGAUUUUACACAGUUAAAAACUGCUCGGGACAGCCUAAAAUCCAGCUCAAUCGUGGAAAAGAAUUAUGGUUUGAUGUUACUACCAUUUCUCAGGCCAAUGUCAUCCAUAUCAAUGACCAAGAACUUCGGAAGCGAAUAAAUGCUCGCAAUUGCACUAUUCUCGAUGAUCUAGCUCUUCCAAUAUCUUCUUUGUCUUCUUUAUCCACAGAUAACAAUCUUACUAUGUAUUAUUGUACAGAAAAACCUAAAGACGCUUUACCUCUUUUCAUCAGUUCAUUUAAUUGCCCUGAUUACUACACAUACCUCAACACUAGUGCUUCACCCAACUGUCUCACUUCCAAGUCUAAAUUUGUUGUUCCAGUUCGCCCCGUUGGUCCCAAUAACUCAAUUGUUGUGUUUACUUCUGAUUUCCAACUUCAAGUAACCAUAUCCAUUCCUUGUCAACAAUGUUUUCAUAGAGGAGGCCAAUGCUCGGAUACCCCAGGAUACUUCGUUUGUGAAGGUGAAAACACAAAAAGUAGAAAAGAUCAACUUAAGAAAUUGAAGAUUGCACUAGGUGCUGGAUUCUCAGGUGUAAUUUUGCUUUUGUUAUUAUUUGCUCUUUGGUACCGCAGAAGAAGGCGGCCUGCUCCGAAUAUCCUAACAAGGAAUAUAUCUUGUGAACCCUACUCAAAAUUUGACGUAGAUGAUGGUGGUGGUGUGUGCUUUGAAGUCCCUGUUUUCUCAUAUACCGAACUCGAGACGGCCACUAACAAAUUUGAUCGUGAUAAAGAACUUGGUGAUGGUGGUUUUGGAACCGUGUACCACGGCAAACUCCAUGAUGGCCGGGAAGUUGCUGUGAAACGUCUUUAUCAACAUAACUAUAGACGAGUAGAGCAAUUCAUGAAUGAGGUUAAAAUUCUCUCCCGCUUUCGCCAUAGAAAUCUCGUCUCCCUUUAUGGAUGUACUUCAAAACGCAGUCGGGAACUUCUCCUCGUUUAUGAAUUUAUUCCAAAUGGCACUGUUGCUGAUCAUCUCCAUGGAGAACAGGCAAGUUCUAGCUUGCUUACAUGGCCUAUUCGGAUGAACAUUGCCAUUGAAACAGCAAGUGCUUUAGUUUAUCUCCAUGCUUCGGAUAUCAUUCAUCGUGAUGUGAAGACUACUAAUAUUCUCUUAGAUAAUAAUUUCUCUGUCAAAGUUGCUGAUUUUGGGCUCUCUAGAUGGUUCCCAAACGAUGUUAGUCAUGUCUCAACUGCUCCUCAAGGGACCCCUGGUUAUGUGGAUCCCGAGUAUUACCAGUGUUAUCAGCUUACAACCAAGAGUGAUGUUUAUAGUUUCGGCGUCGUAUUAAUCGAGCUUAUUUCGUCAAUGCCAGCUGUUGAUAUAACAAGGCAUCGACAUGAGAUUAACUUGUCUAACUUAGCUGUGAACAAAAUUCUAAGACAGGAAAUUGACGAGCUGGUCGAUCCAUGCCUUGGGUAUCAAUCGGAUGAAAACGUUAGACGGAUGAUAAUGGGAGUGGCCUGGCUAGCUUUUCUAUGUCUGCAGCAAGACAAGGAAAGAAGACCUACAAUGGAAGAAGCCUUAGAAACUUUGAAGAGGAUUGAGAAUGGGGAAGAAAGUGAGAAUUUGCUAGAUAACAGUGCAUUGUUGAAGAGCUAUAAUCCAACUCCUUCUCCAGAGUAUGAUGAGAUUCAAUUGUUGAAGAACAAAACGCAGCAGUUGUUGUCCCCUACUUCUGUUGCUGAUAAAUGGAUAAGCUCAACUUCAUUUGUUAGUGCUUCAACUUCAAUAUCAUCUAAGUCCUAAUUCUUUUUUUCUUCUCUUUUCAGUUUAAUGUUAGAAGUUCAUAUUAUUAGGGUGUAGGAAAGAAAUAAAUCACUGCCCUCCUUACAUAUUUAACACAUUAUUAUGCAUCUGUGAAUGGUUUUUUUUUUGUAACCUACAUACAUUCAGGGUAGGGAAUGUAAAUAAAAAUGAUUGAAAAUCAUUCAGCUGUAGAAACCAAUGUUUAUACACUUUUUUUUUUUCUUUAGUUAGAUAUUGGGCUUUGCAUUUUUGUAUGGGACUGUCAGCCCAAUGUUAUAAAGAACCAUUCCUCACAUAGAAUGACAGAAGGGACCAAUCUUGUACAUUUUUUUA